GUUCUAGUGAUGAUGACGGCCGUGCUGACAUAGGAGAACGCAAUGCAUUAGAAGAUAGUACAAUACGGCGCUCCAAGAAUGCAUCACGACGUGGUGGCGAGAAUUCUCCCUCUCAAUCAGCUGAAAAUUCUGCAAGUCAUAAUGACCCAGAAGAUAUUCUGGAACUUAAAAAUGGGUCUAAAAAAGUUUUAUCGAAAUCGAGCGAAGGUUUUGAAGUCACCUAUGACAUCGAGGUCAAUAACGGAGAGCUAAAUAUAACCCCACGAGGUGAGGACGACUCGUCUACAGGAGCCAGAAGAGCUUGGGACAGCGCGCCUAACCAGCACGACCAUCACCGCACCGGCGACCAGCAAGACGAUCACCGAGCUAAACGAACCACCAAACUAUCCAGGAAUGAACGAACCACUGCCAGCGAAGAAGAUCUUAAGAAAGAAAUAGAAGCAGUCAUGGAUGAGAGGAAACGAAACGAAGCCAGACGGAAGCAGCUAUUCGAGCAAGCCCGACUUCUGCACGACACCAUCGUGGAAAUAAAGGAAAAGCGCCGGGAGCAAUGGUGGGUGCAGUACACUGCAGCGCGACGCUACGGUACAGGGCUGGAAGAGCAGCAGGCCGCACUCAGGGCUGAGCUCGACCACCUCCACAGGAGGAUCAUAGGAUCCAUCGUGAAGCGCAGUCCUCUCGUCACCGGAGUCAGGGACGAGCCCAGCAGGAAGGCAAACCUCAAAAUAUCUGUUAUUCGUUUGCGCCAUGAGAUAGAAGAUCUGAAGAAACGGCACGAGUCUAUGGAUAUAAAACUGGAAACGGAAACCAAGCUGAAAGGUCAGGCUGAGAAGGAAGUGAAGCAGCUUCGACAAGAGGUCAGCAAGAAGAAGAUUGACGUUGCGCUAUGUCGAUCCAGAAACCCCACACUGAACCGCAGUUUGGGCGACAUACCCAUGAACAUCUAGCACAGUGGCUCCAGGGUGGGCAGUGUCAUGAGCAAUACCACCCUGGGAAGCGAUCGACAAGCCAGUGAACUUAAAAUCUCCCGCAUCCCACGUCGGGAUUCGACCGCGUCGAAUUAUUUCUCGGAUAGCUACAUCACUAGCAGCCACUACAGAAACCGGAAUAAAGAAUACAGAGACGCUUAUCAGGAAGUCAUGUGGGAAAAUAAAAUGAAUAAAGAACUAACGGGAAUAACCCAAAGGUAUUCCAGAACCAAAAAUGAAAACAAUUAUGCCUCAUUCGAUUACUAUCGUAGCAACGACAGUGUGUUUGAUAGCAGCGAUGGCUUGGCACUGAGUUCGAAUGAGGAACUUCAUAAGGAACAUAAAGACCCAAGUAGAGUGUACGUUCGUUUUUGUGAGAGGACGUCCAGCAAACCAAAACCCGGUGCCAGACAUAGCUGGAGCGGCGUACCCCCAAACCGCCCUCGUUCUAUACUCAGUUCAACUCAGACCAAAGUUCGUGAUCGACACAGUUGGGCGGGACAAACGUCUGGCACUCCUGAUUUUAAAAAUAACUUUUCUGAACGUAGUUCCCUUCCUGCAGAGAUCCUGGACACUAACAACGACCAAAAUUCCGACAGACAAAUUCAUGAAAAUAUUGAAUCAGAACCUGGACCAGACAUUCGUGCCUCUGUGACUUUAAAUGAUCAGUCUCAGCAUGCGUCAACGAGCAGCGAUAAUAAUGUACAUAAUUGUUUUGAAAGAGACAAUUCAGGAUUUCAAUUAGGUUCCAAAGGCUACAUGAAAUCAAUUGACUCUCCAGCUGAAAUCAAACCUAGAAUUAUUAAUGAAAAAACACAACCUUUAGAAAUUAUUAGAACCCAUAUAGAGAAUGCCGAUGUGGCAGGCGACAGGUUAGCCGAUGCAGAGGAUAAUUUUGAAAGAAUGAAGUCAGCGACAGGAUCUUCGACAAUUUCUGUCGAAGAAAACGACCAAUUUGUUAGAGAAAACGACAAUUAUAAUCCAGUAGAAGUGUCUGAAAUAGCCAUCGAUGAUGACUCAACUGAAAAUGCCGGAUAUCUGAUAAUGACAGUUAAGUCUCCAAGAAAAACGUCGCUUGAAACUAGUGGCUUUGAUAUUGCAACUGAGGAACCGCUAAUGACUGUCUUAAACGAUCGCUCGGUUACAGUCUAUCCUAUAGAUGAUAAACGAGGAAAAAAUCACAGCUCAAGAAAGCGCGAAAGGGAUAAAGAAAAGCAUAUUCCUGCAAACAAACGGAAGUACUCAAUAACGCGUCCUGUUUCGCAUCGAGUUACAGUCGAGUAUAGGAAUGAACAGGACUCCGAGAGUGGCGAUGAUCAGCCGUGGCCGAGUCAAGAUCAGGUAGAAACUAGAAACGUGCUGGAAAGAACGCCGCAGCACGAAUCACAGAACAAUAAAGAAACGAUGGAUCGGGAUGAAAAUUUGGAAGAAUUUCUCCCUGCUACGAGUGCUUCACGCCCUAGGUAUAUUCAACACGUACUAGGCAAUGACUACGGCACCAGGACAAAUUACUACGAUAGUGAAGGCAGUGAUGCAGUUAUCGUGCUUACGGAUGAAGAAGAAGAUAAGGUCAGGUUGAAGUCCAGUCGUAGAUCGGUAAACAGGCCUUCCAGUAUUUUAAGGCUUGGGACUAUUGAAGAACGUUCAGGAAAACCUGUGGGUGAGUCUCUUAAAAGAAUGGAAUCGUCGAGCUCGCUCGUAAUUCCUCGCAUUGUGGUCACUCCGCUCGAUAAUAUUUACGUAUCAGAAAACGACUCUAAUAAUAUGAGAGUAGACGAAGGUAAAAGCAACAGCAGUUUACGUCAAAAUAAACGGGCAAAGAAAAUUGAUUCUGAAUCAUCUAAAAGACCAAAGCUAAAGAAAUCGCUCACAAAAACGAAUACUCAGUCCAUAUCCAAAAGUCGCGCGGGCACCCCUUUGAAGGAGUUAGCAUCGCCGCACGACAUCGAUCGUGCGGCACCAAAAACUAGACUCGUCAUGCCGGCUAUAGCAACUCCAAGCGCAGGCAAGUCUAAGCCUAAUAGUAUAACAUCUGCCUCUAAUUCUCUCAAACUUCCACUCAUUGACACUGAUGGUAUGUAAUAAUGUAACGCAGUUUGACUUGACUCGCAAUCAACUGUGCAUGAUGAAAGCGCGACAUGUUCAGUAUUUAGAAAAUGGCACCUCGGAUCAGGAGUACAUGGAUCUCUCAGGCAUUACAUAUUGCAAAUCAAAUGCGCUCUACAGAAUGCGCAAAAAGGCGCUAAAAAGGCAUUUUUUACAUGUAUCCCUGAUGAAUGAAUAUUCGUAGCAGUUUUAGCGUAGAUUCUCCUUCACUACAAAAUUGGUCAACAGCAUGGAAGUCCCGACUAAGGACUAUCCAUUUAUGUAACGCUUUUUAUAUAAAUGUACCAUGUAAUGAGAACACCUCUUCAAUGGUUCAUUUGAGAUAUAUUGCAUAGAUAUCACUAACGUGCUUCAGCGAGUAUCCUUCACUCUCCACUAUUGAUUUCGCUUAGUAAAUCAAUGUCUACUAAGACGACUCAGCACGUCCGGAGGAAGGCUGAGAGGAAUUUGCCUCGGCUAUUUUUUAGAUUUAGAAGAAAGCCCAACUUUACGGAUGGUUACGUUCUUCAGUCACUACUUUACAAUAAUAAUAGAAACAAAGCGAACGCA